GGCGGACAAAACAAGAAAGAACGUCCAUGGACGGUUAGGAAAAUUGCUGGCUGGUUAUUCCUGCACAUUCUCGACAAAAUACGCCGAAGGAAAACCUCAAUCGGCUUCAAAUGUCUGUUAGGGCACACGGUGGAGUAUCGAUGUCCAACUCGAGGUCGUUUGACAGCUAUUUAUCCAAAGAAACGGCAUCUCGCACCACGAGUGAAAGAACUGUAGCACAUUCGUCUGUAGCACAUUCGUCGACAAGAGCUACGAUUUCUCGUCCUACAGGUUCUUAUAAUAGCUCUUACAGGACUAUACCAGGAACUAGAGGUACCAGAUCAUUACCAAAUGGACCGGGACCGCUGCCAAACCGACACAGUCUUAACCACGACUCAAACGAUGUGCGGUUUGUGGCCGCGUCCGAACCACACACGACUCGAAAAAGAGAAGAGACACAACGGAAUUCUAGUCUUUACGGUGGAUCAACUAAAUCUAGCUACAGAGAGCCUUUGAGCACAUGUGUGAAGACAGAUUUCUCCUCUCCGUACUCAAGUUCUAACUCUCGUAGUAUAAGCAAAGGUUAUAAUACCACCACAUCGGGUUCAACCACCAGCAGACUCUCCGGAAGGCGGUCGCAAUCCUUUUCAAAUCUUAAUUUAAGUUCAGUUUCAAACUCACAUACCUCUACUCGGCCCUAUAGGCCAGAAGAUUAUGCAGAUAGUACCUCUCGAGCUACUGGUCUCAAAUCACGGACAAAAACAAUAGAGAGUUUGCCGAGAGCUAGCGAGCAUUCAUCUUUUUACAUGAGUACCAUUCCGAGGGAUUACAAAUCGCCACCACAUGACUCUUUCUCUCGAUAUAGAAAAUCAUCGUUUGAUGCUAGCAGUCCCGAAAGCUCACCUUCCUCAGAUUCAACGUCUUCCAACAGGAAAAGUAAAUUUAUUCUUGAUUACAAUGAUAACAAGAGAGAUCCGAUCACCGCGUCCCCUAAAUCCCUUAGCAGAAAUUCAAGCUCGAGUUUAUCGCCAACAUUAACGAGAACACCAGAUAUGUAUGGUCAUUUUCCAUCCACAGCAAAACAUGUGAGGUUUUGAGACAUCACAAUGUCUAGGCCCAUUAGCCGGGACAGCAGCGAUGGUUUGGUUGGUCUUCGUAAUCUUGGAAAUACAUGUUUUAUGAACUCUAUCCUGCAAUGUCUUAGCAGCACAUGGCUGCUCACGAAUAUUGUUCUGAAAGGAACUUAUGUCAGCAGCAUCAACAAGAAAAGCAGUAUGAAAGGUCGCCUUGUACAAGCUUUUGCUGAUUUAAUUAAAUCCAUGUGGAAGCAUAAUGCGACAGAGUCUGCUAUCUCGGCCCAUGCUUUCAAGACACAGAUCCAGAGAUUUGCCCCACGCUUUGUAGGAUUUAAUCAGCAAGAUGCACAAGAGUUCUUACACUUUCUACUUGAGGGCCUCCAUGAUGAUCUGAAUAAAGUACAAGAAAAGCCAAAGUACAAGAUGUGUGAAUUUGACAACUCUCUCUCUGAUUUGGAGAAAGCAAAGAAGUCAUGGAAGCUUUACAUUGAGCGAGAUAACAGCUUAAUUACAGAUCUGUUUGUGGGCGUACUCAAGAGCACCCUUAUAUGCCUAGAAUGCGGCUUCAAGUCAGUCACCUUUGAUCCUUUCUGGGAUCUCUCCCUUCCUAUCCCAAGGAAAUCUGGUAGUGGGUACUCAAGUAGCCGGUAUACUGGUGGAGGCGAUGUGGACAUCCGGGACUGUAUGGAACUCUUCACCAAAGAGGAAGUACUUGAUGGUGAUGAGAGACCGACCUGUGAGAAGUGCAAAAAGAAGCGCAAGUCAACCAAGAAAUUCACAGUACAGAGAUUUCCAAGAAUUCUUGUUAUUCACCUAAAGCGCUUCUCUGGUUAUGGUUUUCGAUCCAAGCUCCAGACAAAUGUUGUGUUUCCUGUUACAUCCCCCCAGGAACUUGGUGAAUUUGCGGCUGAUCCAUCAGAGGGCCAGUCUGCUGUGUACAGCCUGUACGCUGUUUCUAACCACUCUGGGUCAACAUAUGGCGGCCAUUACACGGCUUACUGUAAGCACCCACAGAGUAGACAGUGGCACUGUUUUAACGAUUCAAGAGUUGAUCAGAUUAGCUCAUCGCGUGUGACCGGGCCCCAGGCCUACAUUCUAUUUUUUGAGAAGCAUGACAGAAAAUCAUCGUUGUAAAAAGAUCUUGACUGCAUGUUCGAAUGACUUUAAUAUUGUACAUAGUGAUCUUCUUACAUGUGUUUUGAAUUUUGAAUAUAUUAUUUAUAUCAUUUU